AUUUAAAUAAAACAACGUAAUCAUGUGAUAUAAAAAUAAUUUUUGUGUUGAGCUCUUUUCGCCAAAAUUCUAGUUGACAUUUCUCCAAAUUUCAAAAUUUGUCGUGUAAACCCGAAGAAAAAUUUAAAUGACGACGUUCGUGGGAAAGCGCAAUCCCGACUUCCUUCUUCCACGCCGAAGAAAACUGAAGAGGCGAAGGAGCAACGGCCGCCUCAAAGCCUACGCCUCGGCAAUUGAUCUCCGAUCAUGGACUAUAGACAAAGAGCAAAAGAGGCAAUACAUGCUGGAAUUGAUGGAAGAAGAAUCGGGUGGUUUAGGAAAUUACAUCCCACUAAACGAACUGCUUGAAAUAUUAGGCGUUUCUGACAAAGCGCAAAUGCUGGCUGAUACGAUUAAAAAGCUAAGUGCAUUGAAUCGAAUACUUAAUAAUGGGAGAGAACCACCGUUGUCACCAUCAGAGGAAGAAUUGAAAAAAAGGCUAGACCCUGAUGGAGAAAGAAAUAUAGACAACACUGUUGUUCAAAAUCUACGCUGUAUGGUGAGGGACUUAAUGGAACAAUGCAGCUAUUUUGCAGGAGUGAGGGAAGAAAAUGUCGUUCUAAAGAGAGAAAUGAAUGAUAAAACAAUGGAAAUGUCGGAAGAAAUCGGCAAUCUGAAAUACCGGAACAACUGUCUCCAAGCCCAAAUUGAUCAAUUCAGUGGUAUGGAAAACGCUUUGAAAAUAUUGAUGAACAGAUUUAAGGAGACCCAAGAAGAAUUGAAAAAAUUUAAAGAAUUUAAGAGUCCUGAAGAAAUAAGACGACUCCAAUUAAGAGCACAAGAAGCUUCAAAAUUGGAAGAGCAGAUGAAAAAAAUGAAAGUGGAAUUGUAUUACGCCAAAAAAGAUCAAGAAGAAUUGCAACACAUGGAAAAAGAAAAUGCUGAACUCAAGGCACAACUUGCCGAUCAAGAAAGUGAAAUCGCAGAUUUAACCAACCGAAUUGAUCAUCUAACUCACGAUAAAUGCGAAGAUAGUGACGAGCAAUUGGAAUCGACAUACGAUGAUAGAGUAAAGUGUGCAUAUGUUGGUGAUCUUCUAGUAGAAGGGAAAAAAACUGUUGAACAGUUGGUGAAAGACAGAGACAAUUUACAAUUAUUGAUUGAAAACUUGACAGAGAUGUUAGAUUCGGAAAAAGAAAAGAAUUUAUAUUUAGAAUCAGUAAUUGAUGAUUUACAAAAAAAAUUAUCUGAACAAGGACAGCGUCUAUCAGAGUGCCAUAAAGCAUUAGAAGAAGCAAAUGAAGAACUGUGCGAAUUUGAAGCACUGAAGAGUGAUUAUCAGCGCCUUAAGGAAGAAUUGGAUUGUAAAAACCGACUAUUAAUCGAGAUGGAGCAUUUGAAAAAAAAUUGUGAAUUACUAAAACAUAAAUUGGAAGCAAAACAGAAAGAAAUUGAUGAACUGAAAGAAGAGAAUUUCAGGCUUCUUGGCGAAUUAUCUGAAGAGAGAAAAAGAAGUGACGAUGUUGAUCCUCUCAAAAAAGUCAUCGAUGACCAAAAAAAUAGUAUACAAAAGCUUGAAGAUGAACUGGAAAAAGCAAAAGAAAAAAUUGUUGAACUUUCUAAACUGAAAGGUCUAGUUUCUGAAGUUAAAGAUCUCAAAGAUGCAUUACAUGAAAAAAAUCUUCUCAUCGAAUCACUAGAACGUGAUAAAAAAGAGUUACACAAAAGAGAAGAGGAACUUCUGAACAAAAUUAUUCAGUUACAAGAUAAACUGCAUAAACUGGAAAAAGAAUUAUGCGAAAAAGAUGAGUUAAUUGCCAAUUUGAGGAAUGAAAAAUAUGCAUUAGAAGACCAACUAAAAGCAAUCCAAGAAGAGUUAGCAUUGGCAAAAAGAGCACUUAAUAAUCUGGAAGAUAAAACAUCAUCAUCUCUAACAGAAAUUACUAACUUGAAGAACGAUUUGAACUUCUACAAAAAACGAGAAUCAGAAUUAAAAAAUCAACUCCUUGAGUGCGCUAAAGAUGCUCAGUUGCUAAAGGAGAAAAAUGACAAGUGUGAAGCAGAAAAUGCUAGUCUUAAAGCUGAAUUAGAUUGUGCUUAUGAAAAAUUGAACAAUGCCAUAGAAUGCAUCAAAUCAUUAGAACAAAAAAUUGCAGAUUUAACAGAAAAUAUUAAGCAAAGUUUAAUGAGGGAUGCUCAGAAUCAACAAGAAAUUCAGAAUCUCAAAAAUAUGAUUAGCACACUCGAAAAUGAAAAUGAAAUGUUAAAAAACAAUAUUAAAAAUCUUGAAUAUCUGAAUACAGAUUUGACAAAACAGUUAGAAGGUAUGAAAGAGGCUGCCAAAGAAUUGUACAACAAGAUCCAGGACUAUGAAGAUCAAAUACAGCAAUUAAAGAGAGAGCUAGAUAAUGAAAAAGAGAAAUUAUUCAUUGCCAACAAAGAAAUGGAAAAACUUGAAAAAAUAAUAAAUGAUUUAAGGAAUGACCUGAAAGUAUUGCAAGAGGCUCUAUUAGAAUCGAAAAAUGUGGCUAGCGAAAGUAAAGCCGAAUGCGAGAAAGCAAAAGAAGAAUUCGAUCAAAUAAGAGCUCAAUUGGAGGGACAAAUAGAACAGCAAAAACUCGAUCUUGAAAAAUGCCAAGAAAUUGCAAAUCAGGCUAUUUUAGAUAGGAAAGAAUUAAAGGAGAAAAUAGAAAAACUAGAAAAUGAACUAAAAACCCUACAAAUGAAAGUAGAAAGUUUGGAAAAUGAAAACGCUACAUUGAAAAAAGCGUUGGAUUUAGCAAACAUGAAAGGCGAGCAGCUGGAUGAAGCUUUAGAAAAGCUAAAACAAAUGGAUUCUUUAAUACAGGAGAUUUCACAACUUCGGGAACUUGUAGCAAAUCUUCAGGCAGAACUGUCAAAGUGUCAGAAAGAAUUAGCUGACACUUUGGAGAAGAAACAAAAACUCGAGGAUGAGCUGGCGGAUGGAUUGUUAGAUACAAAAAAGAAUGAGCAGAAACUACUAGAUGCAAACAAAGAGUUGAAACAGAAAGAAGAUGAGCUCAAAGAACUAAGAGAUAAACUGGCAAAAGCUAUUGAAGAAGCGAACCAAUGCAAAGAAGCAAAUAAAAAAUGUGAACAAGAAUUAGAAGGUUUAAAAUCACGUAUUGAAGCACUAGUCAAUGAACUGGAACUUAAAAAAAAAGCAUACGAAGAUCUAAAGAAUGAGUAUGGGAAAGCUGUCGAGGAUUUAAAAGAUGCAAAAAAUGCAGUUAAUGAACUUACAAAACAACUGGCUAAAGCAGAAAAGGAGUUAAAAGAAAAUCAAAACAAAAUUGAGGAUAUUGUGACUGAUAACAAACGUGCCUUAAGCAAACUGUCCAAUCAUGAAGGGCGAUUGAAUGAUAGGAUUAAAGAACUCAUGAGUGAGAUUGAAAAAUUGAAAAAGCAAAAUGAUCAUUUGAUGGAAGAACUUAAUGCAGCUAAAGAUGAACUUGCUGUACAACAAUUGAAAAAUAUGUUAUUGAACAAAAAUGAAGAAAAGGUAUUGGAUCAAGUUAAACAAUUGGAAAAGGAAAUUUCUGAUCUAGCAGGUUUAUUGGAGAAAGAGAAAGCUAAAAAUGCCCAUCUUCAUGAUUUGGAAAAUCAAUUGGCCCAAUGCCAAGAUAUGGUAAAGGGCUUAGAACAAAGAAAUGCAUCGUUAAAAGCAGAGUUGGACAAAUUAAGUGCAGAACUUACACAAGAGAGAAAUUUACGAAAUCAUUUGAGUAACGAACUGAAGAAUGCUCUAGCUGCAUUGUCCAAAGAAAAACUCACUGCAAAGCAUGGAAAUGAUCAAAUUCAAGAACUAGAAAAGUUGUUGUUCGAAGAGAAAAGGAAAGUGGCACAAUUAAACGAUGCAUUGACCGAGUUAAAAAGGACGACAGAUGAAGAAAUCCAAUCAUUAACAAGAUUAAAAGAACAGUAUGAAAAAGAAAUUGCCGAACUAAAAAGUCAAUUAGCUAAGUGUAUCCAAGAGAACAACAAAGCUGCACAUGAAAUAGAGGGCUUGAGAAGGCUAGUGGACAAUUUACAGAAAGAGUUGGAUGAAUACAUUUCAACGUACAAUCAACUGCUUCAGAACAAUACAGUCCUUGAAGCAAGAUAUAAAAUGUUAGAAGAACUUUUACAAGCACAAAAUAGAGACAUUGAAGAUUUGAGAAACCUUGUAGAACAACAGAAAAUAUUAUUAAGUUCAUUGGAUGAAAUCAAAGCUCAAUUAGAGAAAAAAAACGCAUUGUGUGAAGAAAAUGAAAUUUUAAUAUCUAAGCUGAAAAAUCAAAUUCAAGACUUGUUGACAAAUAAUAACGACCUCAAAGAAGCGUUAGAAAGAGAACGCCAAAAAAACAGCCUCUUACAAAACGAAAUUUUAAAACUGAAAGAUGAACUCUCACAUGUAAAAAGACAGAGUGAACACGCUAAAGAUCAACUGGAUGCUGCUUUAGCAAAUGUGACAGAUGAAAAUGUUGUUAAAAAUUUAAUGGAUGAAUUGGGAAAUUUAAAGUAUUUAAACAGAAAUCUAGAAAUGAAAAACAAAGAACUGGAAGCUGUUAUUAAUGGUAUUAAAAAUGAAAGAGACCAAUUAUCCGAAAAGUGUAAACAGUUAGAAAAUGGAAUAAAGCAGUGUGAAAAAGAGAAUGCCAAACUGCUUUUGGAACUUGGCAAAAAGGAUAAACAAAUAAAUAAGUUAAAGCAGGAAAAUGAAGGCAUUGAAGCAGAGUUGGCUGAAAUGAAAGACGAACUUAGCAAGAUGAAAGAAGAAGAAGAUAAACUUAAAAAAAUAAUUGGAAAUCUGAUGGUAGAAAAUGAAGCUGCAAACAUGGAACUGUUAAAAUUGAAAGAGGAAAUACAAAAAAAGGACAAUAUAAUAGCAAAACUGCAGGCAGAGAAUGCCCAGCUGGAAAAGAAAUUGGCAGCUUUACAAGAUUUGAGAUUAAAAUUAUUAAAAGAAGGAGGUUCGGUCGAUGUAGAAAAAUCAAGGUUGGAAGCUCAAGUGGCUAACUUAAAUAGAUUACUGUUAGAAGCACAAAAUUUAAUCAAGGAAUGGGAAGAGAAAAAUAAUGAACUUCUUAAAGAACUAGAAAACAAAAAUUUACUUCUGGAGAAAGCAGAAGCGACGAUUGACAGUCUAAAGGAUCUUAUCGAGGAAAAAGAUAGUACAAUUAUGAAACUCAAUGAUGAAUUAUCUAAAUUAAAUAAGAAACUGAAAAAAACAGAAGAAGACAAAGAGGCAAUGUUUCAAGAAAAUGUACGACUAAAACAUGAAUUGAAGGAUAUGAAGAUCUUGGAAAAACAAUUGCAAGCGAUCAUCAGAAAACUAAAGGAUGAGGUAAAUGGAUUGACUUUGAAAGUGGAGACAAUAGAAAAAGCAAAAUCAGAACUAGAGGCAGAAAACAAUAAAUUAGUCGAACAAUUGGAAAACAUGAAAAAAAAUUUAGAAAAAUUGUCCGAGGAAUUAGAAAUGAAAACCCAACAACUAAACAGUCAAACUGUGAUGACAGAAAAAUUCAAAGCACUAUUAACGCAAUGCCAACAUGGCAAGGCUGAAUUGGAGAAAAAACUUAACAACCAAUUAAAUGAAAUCGAAGUCAAAAAGCAACAGCUUGCUGCCUUACAGAAUCAAAUUGCAGAGCUACAAAAUGUAAUUUCAGAUUUAAGAAAUCGGCUCAAACAGGAACAAGAAAUAUGUGCCCAAAAAACUGACGAAAUAAGUGCAUUGAGAGUGCAACUAAAUUUGAUGAAAACCCAGAUUCAAAAGCUUCAGAAAAAGAUUGAAAGUCUCGAAGAUCAAAUAGACUUGCUGAAAGAAGAAAAUGCAUCUUUGCAAGAAGAGCUUGCACAGAAAGAAGCUAAAGAUUAUGCUGACACUGGAAUAAAUAUGAUUCUGCAAAAGAUUAUGGAAAAGGGAAUAAAUAAUUGCACCAUGGAAGAAUUGUCGGAGCUCCACAAUAUUGUCACUAAAGCCACAAACAGACUAAUUGAAUCUGGAGCAGCCACCUUGCCAAAGAAAGCACCUGUAUGCAAGCUUGAACCAACACUUGAUUUAAUUUCACAAGAAAAGAAAGCCAUCUUAAAGAAAACAUGUGCCCUUCAAAGUGAAGUUGCCAAGCGUCAACUAGAAGCCCAAAAGAGAACAUGUGCUUUGACAACAAGCAUUCAGCAGUAUCAAAGGGAAUUGGCAAGUCUUAGAAUGUGGAAUUUAGAACAAGAAAUGCAAAUGGCUUUCCCAUCUCCCAGUGAGGUGCAAAACUUAGAAAAGAUGAAAAUCCAAUACCAAAUAACAGAAAGUCAAUUAAGCCAUUGCAUAUGUCUUGCUGAAAAAGAGAAGAAACGAUCACUGGAAUUAGAAAAUAAUUUAACUAGAGCAAUGGAAAGUGUAAAGAAUAUGCAGAAAGCAGUCAUUUCAGAUGCUCCAGACAAGCCUUCUAAGCAAAUUGACCUUCAAAACCAAUUAAUUGAGGGUCUGAAAGACAAACUGAGGCAACAGAAUCAAGAGAAACAAGAAAUUCUCAAAUUGCUACAAGAUGAAAAAGCUAAAAAUGCUUCUUUGCAAUACCAUUUAGAUCUAACGAACAAACCAAAAACUGAAACAGAAGAUGAGGGCUAUUUAGUCAAAUGGGCUGGCAUAACGAAAGAAGCAACUCCUCCCCCAGGGUUUUAAAUUCGAAUCUUUUUAAAUAAUUCAGUUGGACUUUUCGUGGUCUUUUUAUUUUCACCAGAAAGAGAGACUAUGAUUCAACCAGAUAUCAGUGCAUGCACUUUGAGGUUCUUAAUAAGGAUUAGAAUUGUAUUAAAUUUUAUAACACUUUUAGAAAA